AUGUCCGGCACCAACGCACACUCCAACUAUUGGAAAAUCAACCAGCAGGAGGACGAGGACGCUGGCUCGGGCGCUGGCUCGGCGUCCGCGUUCCAGCUCGCAUCGAACACGGGGUUCUCACGAGACCACGAGACCGUUGCGGUUGCCGCCAACGUGCUGACAGAAAACCUCAAGAUCUUCCAGCUGGCGGAAAACUCGCUCGUGCACCUGGCGUCGAUCACGCUGCCGGACGUGCAGUCGCUCAGGUUCCUGAGGCCUAUCUCGCCGCCGACUCAGGACUUCAAGUUUCUCGCCACGGGCCACUCGAACGGCAUCGCCCACCUGUCUGCAAUCCCGCUCACAGACAACUCCGUUUUCGAGAACGCGGAGAUCAUCAAGCGCUUCAAUCACAGAAAACAGCUCAGCGCCGAGCCGGCAGGCGCCACAAAGACCGGCUGUCUCAACGACGGCACGCUCUCCACGACCAUCAGCUCGAUGCAGCUCACGGGUCCCGCGUGGCGCUCCACGUCGUUGAACUCGCUCGUCUCCGUCUACGACCACCACUUGUUUGUGUGGGACACAAGCAGAUCUAGAGCGCCGCUCUCGCUGGUCCGCACAAACGGAAUCUCUCGUGUCGCCUUGAACGAUCACAUCGACUCGUUGGCUGCCAUUGCCGGAGACUUCGGCCUUUCGCUCCUCGACUUGCGCACAGGUAAGAACCAGAGCAAGUCCUCUCUCUAUCUGCCGCCGAACAGCUCCGUUUCCUCGCCGUCAAGAUACGGCGCUCCGAAGGGCGUCACCUGUGUCGAGUGGUGUGAAACGAACGAAAACUUCAUUGCUACCGUCCAGAGCGAUGCCGUCUACAUCUGGGACAUCAGGAAGUUGGAGCCGCUCACGCAAUUGACAGGCUUUUCAGACUCCGUUACUCACGUGAAAUGGAACGGAGACAACUUGUGGACGGGAGACAAGGACGGUUAUUUGACAAACUGGAAUUUGGAAAAUAUACACUGCUUGGAAAAGAAGCGUUGCGUUGCCUCACAGCAGGAUACUCUUGCCGACUUGUGGGAAAACUUUAAUCUGGAAGAGAAGCCAUCACAAAAUACAGUAUUCCGUGGAACCAGCACAAAAGUUUCCAAUUCAAAAAUCGUGUCCCUCAAUUUGGACGUAUCGAAAAACAAUGUCGUGUGCCUAGACGGCUCCUUUUUGAGCACGCACGAUAUCAAACUACUGAACAAGGCUCCUCAACCAGUAGAGGCAGUGAAACGCCGUGUCUCGAGCACCAGAAAGUUGAAAAGACCUGCUCCUAUAUAUGUAGGCCCAGAGCGAAUAGUCUCAACUGAAAGUCUUUCUUCGGUAGGAUCUAACUCUUCAGUGCCUUUGUUUGACACAAGUCUGGAUUCCAGGAAAACCAGCAACAACAUCUCCUUCCCCCCAACUCCGACUUCUGACACCAAGAAGCCAACAGACUACCUUGAAUAUUUCCAAAAGGAAAUCAACACAAUGCUCGAAUCCAUGGAUACCAAGAAAGUCAAUGACAUAGUGUAUAUUUAG